GGACAAAGCCCGAGCCCAGCGUCCUCAGCCACCGACGCAAUUUUGUCCUUCAUCGAGUGAACAAGCAAAGCAGACAACAUUCCGCAUCAAAAAAUCCCCAAAGUCUUCACCAUAAACCCACAAUGGCUUCGACUCUGCUCCGCACCUCGCCCACCCUGCGCGGGGCUCUGCGCUCCCGCGCCAUGAAGCCCGUCGCCGCCAUGGCGAGCACCAGCUUCGUCCGGGGCAAGGCGACCCUACCCGAUCUGACCUACGACUACGGCGCGCUCGAGCCCUACAUCUCUGGCCAGAUCAUGGAGCUGCACCACUCCAAGCACCACCAAACGUACGUCAACGGCCUCAACGGCGCCCUGGAGGCCAUCGCCAAGGCGCAGGAGGCGGGCGACGCGUCGGCCGUGGCGGCGCAGGCGCCCAUGAUCAACUUCCACGGCGGCGGGCACCUCAACCACAAGCUCUUCUGGGAGAACCUGGCGCCGGCCAGCGGCGGCGACGGCGGCGGCGACCCGGACGGCAAGCUCAAGGGGGCCAUCGAGGCCGACUUUGGCUCGCUCGACGUGAUGCGCAAGCAGAUGAACGCCGCCCUGGCCGGCAUCCAGGGCAGCGGCUGGGCCUGGCUCGCAAAGGACAAGAAGACGGGCGCGCUCUCGGUCGUGACGCGCGCCAACCAGGACCCCGUCACGGGCGGGCUCGAGCCCCUGCUGGGCAUCGACGCCUGGGAGCACGCCUACUACCUGCAGUACCAGAACCGCAAGGCCGAGUACUUUGACGCCAUCUGGAACGUCGUCAACUGGAAGACGGUGGCCGCGAGGUUCGAGAAGGCCUAGGGCAUUGGCGGCGUAACGCUGUUUUACGAGACGUAGUUGUAUAAUAGGACCGCUUUUGAUGAAGUAUGGGUUGGCCGAGUGACUUGCACUUGCAGUUGAAAGCUUACCACUGUUGUCAAGUACAGUAGGCACCUCAAAGGGCAACAUCUAGGACCCGUACUGCCUGAAUAUUUCUGUUUUGUUUCUG